AUAUAAAUAUGAUGGGAAAACACAUUUCUAGAUGAUUCAGGUGAAAUAAUUCGUGUUCUAGUUUUGAAAAUGAAGUUAACUGCUUUCGUUUUGUUGGCUCUGGCAGUGUCUGCUUUUGCAGAGAUUCAGAGUGAUGCAGUUUGGAGCAGUUUUAAGAGUCUUCAUGGCAAAACCUAUCAAAACCAAGUUGAAGAAACCAAACGUUAUGCGAUUUUCAAAGACAAUCUUCGUCAGAUUGAGGAACAUAACGCCAAAUUCGAACAAGGUUUGACAACUUACAAGCAAGGGAUUAACAAAUUCACUGACAUGACAAAAGAUGAGUUUGUUGCAAUGCUUAAUAGCCAACUUAGUUCUAAACCGAUUAAGAGUGGUAACAGGACUCUAUUUAAGUCAUCCGUUAAGGCACCGGAAUCCAUUGAUUGGAGGGAUAGCAACGUGGUUACACCUGUUAAGGAUCAAGGUACUUGCGGAUCAUGCUGGGCUUUUUCUGCUACUGGAGCAACUGAAGCAGCGUAUGCUUUGAAAAAUGGAACCUUGGUAUCUUUCUCAGAACAACAAAUCGUCGACUGUACUAAAGUGAAACCCUAUAAACAAUUAGGUUGUUAUGGAGGAUUAAUGGAGGCAGCCUUUGAUUACAUAAAAGAUUCUGGUAUCCAGAGUGAAGAAUCCUAUCCAUAUGAAGGGGUUGAUAAUGAUUGUCGCGCCACUGGAGAAUACGUCACUAAAGUUACUGGAUACGUAGAUGUUGCAGAAUUCGAAGAAGGCGAUCUCGUCACCGCUGUAGGCACAAUUGGACCUAUUUCUGUAGCAAUCGAUGCCUCGAACCUUUCCCCUUACGCUAGUGGCAUCUACGAUGGAUCUUGCUCACCGUACACACUAGACCAUGGCGUUUUAGCUGUGGGUUACGCCACAACUGAAGAUGGACAAGACUAUUGGUUGGUGAAGAAUUCGUGGGGUUCUUCUUGGGGCGAAGAAGGAUAUUUCAAGUUGAAGAGGGGCGAAAAUCACUGUGGCAUCGCUGUUGAACCAAGCUAUCCCACACUUUGAUUCAUUUUUCUAGAUAAUUAUAUUUAGAUAGCAAUAAUAUUAUUCAUUAGUUGUUUUAUUUUAAUUAUUAUCUAGAUCCCAGAGAAAUAUAUGUGACUACAUUUUCUA